AUGGUGUUGGAAUGUAAAUGGCAUGUGAUGCUUGAGGGAAGGAGGACCCUCCGCCGCCGGGCCCUCCUACCACGAGUAUCACUCCGUCGCCACCAACUCCUGUCACCUGCCCGAGCCCUGCGCCCGGCCACUGCCCUAGGCCACCCGAGCACCCCUGCCACCACUUCUCAAGGCCACCCGGGCACCUCUGCCACCACUUCUCAAGGCCACCGAGCACCUCUGCCACACUUGUCAAGGCCACCGAGCACCUCUGCCACACUUGUCAAGGCCACCGAGCACCUCUGCCACCACUUGCCACCCGAGCACCCCUCCCACCACUUGCUCAAGGCCACCCGAGAACCUCUGCCACCACUUGUCAAGGCCUACCCGAGCACCUCUGCCACCCACUUGUCAAGGCCACCCGAGCACCCCUGCCACCACUUCUCAAGGCCACCCGAGGCACCUCUGCCACCACUUCACCUCUGCCACCACUUCUCAAGGCCACCCGAGCACCUCUGCCACACCUUGUCCAAGGCACCCGAGCACCCCUGCCACACUUGUCAAGGCCACCUCCGAGCACCUCUGCACCACUUGUCAAGGCCACCCGAGCACCCUGCCCCACUUGUCAAGGCCACCCGAGCACCUCUGCCACCACUUACCAAGGCCGCGCGGCUCUGCAACCGGCUUGCGCCACGUCAUCACAGAUCCAAAGCACCGCGCGCCCCCACCACCGUCAGUGGAGCAAUUGCCUACGUUCUUCAUUCAUUCACUAACCAGCCUAUGGCCAAGUGCGAGUGCAGCGGUAACACGUCGGCUCCCAUCCGAGGGACCGGCAGUUCGCGUCCCACCCAGGCGCUUGAAGUUGCAGCUGUCGCCCGGGGCCAAGAUUCGCUGGCGCGCACUCAACUAGCUGCCAUCAGUUCGACUAGUACUCGGCGCCGCCACAAAUGGCAGACUAAAUGCAAGUUGCCGCAAGAAAACGCAGAGACGAAGUCAUCUGCAAAGAUCCUCGACGACACGACGACAGCGCGGGAUGCAAGGCGCGGCGACAGCGCAACCGAGGCGCCCACACCGCAGACAGGGACUGCCAUCAGUUCGACUAGUACUCGGCGCCGCCACAAAUGGCAGACUAAAUGCAAGUUGCCGCAAGAAAACGCAGAGACGAAGUCAUCUGCAAAGAUCCUCGACGACACGACGACAGCGCGGGAUGCAAGGCGCGGCGACAGCGCAACCGAGGCGCCCACACCGCAGACAGGGAUUCAUCAGCCCGCAAAUAGUAGGCGCGGCACAAAGAAGUUAGUGAGCCCUGCUGUGCACACCAACUUGCUUACAGCUUACCAAGGCCAGACUUCCCAUACCAGCAUGCGCGCCUAG